AUGCAGUUGGAUGAAGAAAUAGGGAAGUUGGCUGCAACUGUGCCCCCUGUCGUGUCGCGGGCGUUAGAGCUCUUCAUGGAGGAAUUGGUAUCUCAAGCCUACGAUCUAACGGCCACCAGAAACUCAAGGACAAUUAGUCCCAGUUGCAUUAAACAUGUCAUAGACAGUAAUCCGACCUUCGAUUUCCUCCGAAAUCUUGUGAUGGACGUUCCUGAACUGAAGCCAAGUCAGAUUAAGUCUGUCCCGCCCUCUGACUGCAAAGCACGGGACUUCCAAUCCGAGAUGUUUGAUAGUGGAAGUGAGCUCGGCAGCGAGGAGCUUGAUGCUUUCCCUGUUCAUAUUGAUCACAAGCCCCCCUCUAAAAGGAAAGCGCCUAAUCAGAAGCGGAAACGUGAUACCGGAGAUUCUGAAGACGCUCCCGUGGAUUAUUGUGUCUCCAAAGUACCACGGAAGGCGAGGAACGCCAACAGUGGUAGUUCAAAAAGGAGGAAUAAGCGCAAAAAGCCGGAUUCCAACGCAUGUUCUGACGACCGUGUGCAAUCCAUAGACUCCCAAGGUACCAUAUACUGCCAGCGUGAUGAUGUAUAUCCAGCACUUAGGAUUAAUGACUCCGUUCGUCAUGCAUCAGUUUUGCCCGCAGCAUCUGCUCGUCACCUGACGCCGACAUCUUCAGGAAUCUCCAAAUCAGUCCUCAAGCCUCGACACCCAGUCUAUAUGGCGGCGUUCACUGUUCGCACUCUGAAGCAAGUAGGACAACAAGCUGCUCUUGCACUCACACUCUCGCUUGGCAUUGAUGUGUGCUGUGUCUCAGAAACGAGAAUUCAAGAUUCAACCGCCCUGUCAGUCUUCACUCGCUACCGGCCGCGCACCUCUGGUGAUCCAGAGGCUGCUGCGGUGGGAUGUGCAGGGGUUGGUAUUGUGCUAAGUCACCGGGCGGAAGUAUCCUUACUUGACUGGAUACCUGUGCGAUGUCUGUUUAUCGUGUCUGCCUACGCCCCAACUGACUGCAGCUCCGACGCCGCCAAAGACAGGUUUUACGACACCCUGUAUGCGCUGAUGCGGCGAGCUAAAAGUUCGGACACUGUCGUGAUUGCCAAAGGAGGUCGACAUGGAUUGGACUCGGUACGUACGGACAAUGAGGAGCAACUGCCUCAGCUGUGUGCUGAUCGCAAGCUGUUUUUAUGCAGUACUAAAUUCCGAAAUAACCGAAGUCGUCUGGCCACAUGGUGUCCUCUAACGGCAGGCCGGCCACAAACUCAAAUCGACCACAUUGCCAUCAGUUACCGAUGGCGCGGGUCCAUAACUGACUGCCGGUCGUUUUGGAACACAUUUGUGGACUCUGACCAAGCGGUCGUCCGGAGUCACUUCUCCCUACGUUUUCCAGAGCCGCGUGAAGUGGUAGCUGGAGGAGAGUUGCUCAAGUGUUGGUAUGAGGAAUUGGUCAUCUUCAGAGGGAAUCGAGGGGCUACGGUAGACCACACCGAGAAGGAAGGAAUCGGAUCCGCGCAGCGGGAUUUGGAUCCAUAG